AUGAUGCUGCUCAAAGAUUUGGAUUUGUUUAACAGCCCUUUUGAGUUUAAAUUCUUUAACUAAGAUAAGAAAAUUAAGAAUAUUCUCAUCAGAUUCUUUUUUUCGAUUAUCCUGAUUAGUGCUACGAUAUCUUUUUUUGCUUAUCUCUUCCUCCUCUACUUUACCAAUUAAAUUAAUCCUAUUUUUUAAUCGCAACCAUUUUACACCAAUGAAGAAAAUCAGCUUUUACUUGAUAAUAAUUAUUUUGGAUUCUAGUUCGUUUAGCAUUCAAUAGUUUCAUAAACUAAUAAUUUUGUAUAGUAAAAUAACUUGGUCUUUGUUGCGUCAAUUCUUAUUAGAAAUUAGUCAGGAUCGCGCCUGAUUAAUCUUAAAACACUAGAUUGCACGAAUCAUAAACUAAAUGGAUAUAAAUGUAUUGACUUUCAGAAUUAAGAGCUGCUAUAAGUUAACAAGUUAUCAGGAGAAGAAACUCUCCUGCAACUCAGAGCUUAUAGAUGCAGCGAAGUUGAUAAAAUCAAAACAUAAGUAACUAAUAAUUGCACUUAAAUAAGUGCAGAUGACUUUCUAAAACAAACAAACUAUACACCUUAGAUACAGAUUAAUUUAUUAACAUUUUAAUAUAAUACUACAAGUUAAAAUAUGUAAAAUAAUUAUAAGACAAUUACACUAUCUCUCAAAAAUAAUAUUUAACUAAACUCAUAAAUCAGCACAACUAAACAAAUUUUAAAUAUUCAGAAAGGUCUAUUUUGGUAAGAGGAUUUGAUAUAUGAAAAUCCAUCAGAUUAUUAAAUUGAAAGCACUGUUUACAGUAAUUUUAAUUUAGACAGUAACUUAAUAACUGAUAGCAGUAUUGCUCUUAUAGAAAUAAAGCUAGAUAAUAAAAUACAAUACAGUAAAAUAAAAUUUGCUUCUAUUGUUGAUAUCGUAAAAGAAUUUAACAGUUUAGCUGUAUUAAUAGUAUUCUUAAUAGCAAUUGGAAGGUAUUUUGUUAGAAAGCUAAUGAUAGAGGACAUCUAGUUGGUAUUUUUAAGACAUAUUUACUAAAAUACUUAUCUAAAUUAGUUAGACCUGAAUUAAAUCUUCCGUAAAAGACAAAUUAGAAGUCUCAAGCCUCAGUCUCCAGAAGAUUUAACAGAGAAGAAAGAAAGCAUAAAUAUUCCAUCUAUUGUAACAAAAAGCAGAAAAUAUUUAGAACCCUUCCAGUACAUCUCUAAAAAUAUGCAAGAUUCUAUAGUAGAAGGGAAUGAUUUUAAACAUUCCUAUAUUUUAGGAAAUACUUUUGCUAAUAACCAAGCAGGAGACUUCUAAAAAAAAGAUAUAUUUGAGAAUACUGUAAAUAACUAUAUUAAUUCUCCUUCCAAAGAGCCUAUUUUGACAAACCCACUCUAAGAAUAAAUUUUACAACUCAGUGAAUCCUCCUUUCUACCAAACCCAAGCUCAAAUAUAAAUUAAAACUAAAAUGGAAAUGGAAAUUAUAACUUAAAUAAUACAAACAAUCAUUUGACUAAAAUUGCAAGCCAUUAAAACUUAAAUAAAUCUUCAAAGUACAUUAAAAAGGAUAUCUCUAUUAUUCCUGUCAGAAGAGAAAGCAUAAAAGUAAAAAAUAACCCACUAAGUCCUUUUAAACUUACUCAUUCUAUUAAACUUAAAGAGAACUCCAACAAUUAACAAUCGAUAGUCAGCAACAUAUUCUCAAAAAACAAUCUCGGCUAAUCAAAUUAUUAUUUAAAAACAUAAAACAAAUUGGACUCAAGAGGAGAUUAAAACUUAGACCAAAACAAUCCAUAAGGAAUCAGUUAAUUUUGUGUUCUAAAACUUGAAAAUACUGAGUCUUGUGCAGAUAACCUCUAUGCCCUUUAAAAUAAAAAUUUUGGCUCAAAGCUAAAAGAAGUUAUCUUCAAGAUAUGGAACAAGCCUUAAAAAAAAGGAACUGAAGAGUGGAAAAAAACUGAAAAUUUACUCAAAAAGCAAGUCGAAAAAAACUUAGAUAUCCUUCAAAUAUACAAAGAUUUAAUUAUCUUAAAAAAAGCUAUUAUGCUUCUUCUAAGCAAAGAGCAAUAUGCAGCUCUUUUACUAACAGGCUGCUCCAUAAACUAAAAAGACUUAUCAAACCCUCAGAACAUGACUGAUCAAACAUUCAAAAAUCUGAAUGAUAUUUAUACUUAAACAAUACCUCAAGAGUAUACUGCAAAUUAAAUAAAAGGGAAAUCUUACCAACAAAUUAUGUACGAGUCAUAGCAUAAUAAAAUGAUGGAAAAUUAUAAAGGUUAAUAAAUAUUUGGUCAUUUAGACGAAUAAUUUCAAAUCUAUGAAUCAGAAAAAUGGCAAUUAAAAUAUUUGAAAUAGUUUAUUAUGAAGUGUAAAGACUCUUAAAAUCUGUCUGAGUUAGACAAAAGAAUUUUGUCAUCUCUUACACUCUGA